UGUGACCCAGAUCCCCAAAAUAAUCCAGAAACUGGAAGAUCUCCUCCAGGAUGUGAGUGUCUUUGGAUGCCCGGAGGAGAUGGGGACCAAACUGGACAGCGGCGGACAGCUCUUGCCUGAAACGCCGAUUCUCCUGCUCCUCGGAUGCUGCCUGACCGGCUGUGCUUUUCCAGCACCACACGUCUAGACUCUGAUCUCCAGCAUCUGCAAUCCUCACUCUCUCCUAGCCGUGGAGGUGACUGCGUUACCCUAGGGAUCCGGACACAGUCCGUGCCAGUGGGAAAAUCGCGUCUGGAAGAAUAGGUGGAAACCGAGACUCCAGGCGGUGCCAAUAAAGUGCCCUGAUCACCCCGAGGUGACCGGAACACCAGCCAUGAGCUCUGUAGUGAGGAAAUUCUGCUCCUAUCACACUCUGAAGAAGAGACUCCCCAUCCUGCGUUGGCUGCCCCAGUAUAGCCUUCAGUGGCUGCGGAUGGAUUUACUGGCAGGGCUGACCGUGGGCCUGACUGUGGUGCCUCAGGGCUUGGCCUAUGCUGAGAUCGCUGGCCUCCCUGUUCAGUAUGGGCUCUAUUCGUCGUUUAUGGGCUGCUUUGUCUACUGCCUCCUGGGAACCUCGAAGGAUAUCACACUGGGUCCGACUGCGAUCAUGUCCCUCCUGGUUGCUUCAUACGCCAACCACGAUCCAGUUUACGCAGUGUUGCUGGCAUUCCUUUGUGGCUGCAUUCAACUGGCUAUGGGCAUCCUGCAACUCGGCUUCCUGGUUGAUUUUAUCUCCUAUCCGGUCAUAAAGGGGUUCACCUCCUCUGCUGCUCUGACCAUUGGCUUUGGACAAGUGAAGAAUAUUCUUGGUCUCCGUGACAUUCCCCGUCAGUUCUUCCGGGAGGUCUACUUCACGUUCUACCACAUUGCGGAGACCAGGCUCGGUGACCUGGUGCUCGGCCUGAGCUCCCUCUUGCUGCUGGUGCUGUUGAAGAUGAUGAAGAACCACCUUCCGAAGCGAUCGCACCGUCUGCCGCUGCUGGACAGGGUGUGCCACGCCAUUGUCCACUUCGCGGGCACAGCCCGCAACGCUGUGGUGGUGAUAACAGCCAGUCUGAUUGCGUUCUGCUUUGAAUGUCAAAACCAACACGUGUUUACUCUGACUGGGAAGUCCACCCAAGGUCUCCCGCCUUUCCGGCUCCCAGCCUUUUCGGAUACAGCAUCCAACAGGACUGUCAGCUUUUCUGAGAUGCUUCAGAACUUUGGAGCAGGAUUGGCCGUGGUGCCCCUGGUUGGGUUUUUGGAAAGUAUUGCGAUUGCCAAAGCUUUUGCCAGUCAGAACAAUUACAGAAUUGAUCCAAAUCAGGAGCUCCUUGCAAUCGGUAGCACAAAUAUUCUGGGAUCUCUGGUUUCAUCUUAUCCCGUAACCGGAAGUUUCGGAAGGACUGCAGUAAAUUCUCAAACAGGUGUGUGCAGCCCUGCUGGUGGAAUAGUCACUGGAGUUAUCGUGCUGCUGUCUCUCGCCUUCCUGACCCCUCUCUUCUACUAUAUCCCCAAAGGAGCCCUGGCGGCUGUUGUUAUUGUUGCUGUGUCCGGUGUGUUUGACUUGAGGAUCGUUGCCACGCUGUGGAGGGUAAAAAAACUGGACCUACUCCCUUUCCUAGCGUCAUUCCUGGGUUGCUUUUGGGAAAUCCAGUAUGGAAUUCUGGCUGGAAUUGCUUUGUCUGGGAUAAUUCUGCUCUUUAACAUCGCCAGACCGGAGAUGAAGAUUUCUGAUUACAGUACAGUUGUGGUACAGUUCCAGAGUGGUCUGAAUUUCCCUGCUGUUGAAUAUGUCAGUGACCUGCUGUACAGGCGUGUACUAGAGGCCUCCCCUCCACGCUGUGUGAUUCUUGACGGUCUCCAUGUCAGCAGCAUUGACUACACGACAGUGAACGGCUUGCGGGAGCUCAUCCAGACAUUCCAGCAGCACAACGUCUCUCUACUCUUCUCUAAUUUCCGGCCCAAGAUUCUGUCGAUACUGACUUCAGCAGAGAUCGAAGGAUUGAGAUAUUUUGAAAGCACUGAGACAGCACUUGGUUAUUUACAUGGAGAUGACCCCACACACGAGCUGGAUGACAGUGAGAAACCGCUACUCAACCAGACCGAGAGACUGUACUCCUAGUCCGAAAGCACUACCUCUCUGCCAAGAACUUGCUGCUCCUCAAACUGUUCAGUCUGAUUAAUGGUAAAAAUAAUACCAUUGGGUGAGACAUUGUGCCCGCUUGGAUCACACAGUGACAACAGCUCCUCAAUGGCAUAACUGACCCUGAAAGGCUUGGACCCCUCCAUUAAUGGCGAUUAGAUUUUUGAACAUCUUCCAAAAAUCUCUUGCUCAGUCUCUUCACGCGAGUGAUUUUUAUAUUUUCCUAUUUUAAAUGUUAACCAAUUGAUUUGUCUGAACCCCAGUGUAAUUUUAUAAUUAUCAUGGUGUUUAGCUUUUUUUUGACCAUUACUAGCUCUGCAUCCAGACUCCAGAGAUUGGAUAUUGAAGCCAAAAGAUGUGAAACUGGGAAAAGGCACAGCAGGUCAGACAGCAUCUGAGGAGCGGGAUGUUUCAGACCGAAACCCAUUGCAGCCUGAAACGUUGACUUCCCUGCUCCUCGGAUGCUGUCUGACCCGCUGUGCUUUUCCCAGCUUCACAUCUACAGACUCCGGCUUCCAGUAUCUGCAGUCCUUACUGCCUCCAUGCCUUGCUCUGGGGAAGCUGAACAUUGCAACGAGCAGCUACUGUUUAGUCAGAACCCGGGUCUGAGCCUCCACUCACUCUCUCUCAGUCAGAGCUCCCAGUCACUGAGUAUAGUGUGUGCUCUUAAACUGUGUGAAUCCUGGCCUCUUUCCAUUCCUGAAGAGUUUAUACUCAAAACGUCGAUCCUUCUCAGAUGCUGCCUGACCUGCGAUGCUUUUCCAGCAUCACACUUCUUGAAUCUUUCUGUGCUGGAUCAGAGUGUAAAUUUCUUGUAUACUGCAAGAUUGUAGUGUCCAAAAUUAUUGCUGUUUGACUGAGGCAGUCCAAUUUAAUAGCUGAAAAUGUGUUGCUGUUUAAAGCACAGCAGGUCAGGCAGCAUCCAAGGAACAGGAAAUUCGACGUUUCAGGCCAGAGCCCUUCAUCAGGAAUGAGGAGAGUGUGCCAGGCAGGCUAAGAUAAAA